CUCUGCCCAGGUCCUGCCCGGGGAUUCAGAAAUCAGGGUCUCCCCCCCUGCUGGGCCCUAAGGCAGCUCACAGCUCCAGGAGGCUGGGAGCCCUUUCCUGGUGUACCACCUCUGACCCCUGCCCUCUGCCCUCCCGGGCCCAGGAGGCACCAUGUGGCGAUGUCCACCGGGGCUGCUGCCAUUGCUGCUGCUGGCUGGCCAGGUGGCACUGGGUGCCCAGCAGGGUCGUGAGCGCCGGGAGCUGGCACCGGGUCUGCACCUGCGGGGCAUCCGGGACGCGGGCGGCCGGUACUGCCAGGAGCAGGAUAUGUGCUGCCGGGGCCGUGCCGACGACUGUGCCCUGCCCUACCUGGGUGUCACCUGUUACUGUGACCUCUUCUGCAACCGCACCGUCUCCGACUGCUGCCCUGACUUCUGGGACUACUGCCUCGGCGUGCCACCCCCUUUCCCCCCCAUCCAAGGAUGCAUGCACAAAGGCCGCAUCUAUCCAGUCUUGGGUACCUACUGGGACAACUGUAACCGCUGCACCUGUCUGGAGAUAGGGCGCUGGGAGUGUGACCAGGAGCCAUGCCUGGUGGACCAAGACACGAUCAACGCUAUCAACCGGGGCAACUACGGGUGGCAGGCCGGGAACCACAGCGCCUUCUGGGGCAUGACCCUGGAUGAGGGCAUUCGCUACCGCCUGGGCACCAUCCGCCCAUCUUCCUCCGUCAUGAACAUGAAUGAGAUUUAUACAGUGCUGGGUCCAGGGGAGGUGCUUCCCAAGGCCUUUGAGGCCUCUAAGAAGUGGCCCAACAUGAUCCACGAGCCUCUUGACCAGGGCAACUGUGCAGGCUCUUGGGCCUUCUCCACAGCAGCUGUGGCAUCUGAUCGUGUGUCAAUCCAUUCCCUGGGACAUAUGACGCCUGUCCUGUCGCCCCAGAACCUGCUGUCAUGUGAUACCCACCACCAGCAGGGCUGCCACGGUGGGCGUCUCGAUGGUGCCUGGUGGUUCCUGCGUCGCCGAGGGGUGGUGUCUGACCACUGCUACCCGUUCUCUGGCCAUGAGCGAGACGAGGCUGGCCCCGCACCCCGCUGUAUGAUGCACAGCCGGGCCAUGGGUCGAGGCAAGCGCCAGGCCACUGCCCGCUGUCCCAAUAGCCACGUCCAUGCCAAUGACAUCUACCAAGUCACUCCUGUCUACCGCCUGGGCUCCAACGAGAAGGAGAUCAUGAAGGAGCUGAUGGAGAAUGGCCCAGUCCAAGCUCUUAUGGAGGUGCAUGAGGACUUCUUCUUGUACCAGAGUGGUAUCUACAGCCACACACCAGUGAGCCUUGGGAGGCCAGAGCGAUACCGCCGGCAUGGGACUCAUUCAGUCAAGAUCACAGGGUGA